ACUUCGCGGCGCAGCUCCAGCGGCCCUUCUUGGGGGCGCGCGCAACGGGCUCCGCGGCAGGUUUUAUCAUGCUCCAGGCAUUCAGACAUUCAGGUGGUAGACCUGGGAACCAUCUUUUAAGGUGGAGGCAUUAUCAUAAAUCUGUGCUGGCCAUCAGGAGGGAGGAUGUUAAUGCCUGGGAAAGAAGAGCACCUCUGGCCCCACGGCACGUCAAGGCAUUAACCAGCCUGGGAUACAAAGUUUUGGUGCAGCCAUCGAACCGAAGGGCCAUCCAUGAGAAGGACUAUGUUAAAGCUGGCGGCAUUAUACAGGAAGACAUUUCAGCGGCUUGUCUGAUUGUAGGUGUGAAAAGACCUCCGGAGGAUAAACUAAUCCCCAAGAAGACAUAUGCCUUCUUCUCUCAUACUAUUAAAGCCCAGGAGGCAAACAUGACCUUGUUGGAUGAGAUCCUAAGAAAGGACAUUCGACUGAUAGAUUACGAGAAAUUGGUGGAUCACAGAGGAGUGCGAGUUGUAGCCUUUGGAAAGUGGGCUGGUGUUGCAGGUAUGAUCAAUAUUUUACAUGGAAUGGGAUUGCGGUUUCUUGCUCUGGGACACCAUACUCCUUUCAUGCACAUUGGAAUGGCCCAUAACUACAGAAACAGCGGCCAGGCUGUGCAAGCCGUUCGGGAUUGUGGCUAUGAAAUUUCGCUGGGCUUGAUGCCGAAAUCGAUUGGCCCCAUAACAUUUGUGUUUACAGGUACCGGUAACGUCUCUAAGGGUGCUCAAGAAAUGUUCAAUGCACUCCCUUGUGAGUUUGUAGAGCCCCACGAGCUGAAGGAAGUCUCCAGAACUGGAGACCUCCGAAAAGUGUAUGGGACAGUGCUCAGUCGACACCAUCACCUCGUGAGGAAGACCGAUGGGGUGUAUGACCCUGUGGAAUAUGACAAGCAUCCAGAGCUCUACACAUCUCGUUUUAACACUGAUAUUGCACCCUAUGCAACUUGUGUGGUCAAUGGGAUCUAUUGGGAGCAGCAUACCCCACGUUUGUUAAGCAGGCAAGACGCACAGAGACUUCUGACGCCUCUCAGACCUUCUGCAUUAGCUACUGAAGGGUGCCCGGAAUUGCCACACAAGCUUGUUGCAAUUUGUGACAUUUCAGCAGACACUGGAGGAUCGAUAGAAUUCAUGACGGAAUGUACCACGAUCGACAGCCCCUUCUGCAUGUAUGACGCUGACCAGCAUAUUAUUCAUGAUAGUGUGGAAGGGCUUGGAAUUUUGAUGUGUUCCAUUGAUAACUUACCAGCUCAGCUUCCCAUAGAAUCAACAGAAUGUUUUGGAGACAUGCUUUUCCCUUAUAUCGAAGAAAUGCUCUUAUCUGAUGCCUCUGAACCCUUUGAGAGCCAGAAUUACUCGCCUGUCGUUAGAGAUGCAGUGAUUACGUCCAAUGGUGUAUUGACUGAUAAGUAUAAGUAUAUCCAGAAACUGAGAGAGAGCAGGGAGUACGCUCAGUCACUGGCGAUGGAUAAGAAGAAGAAAGUCUUGUUACUGGGAUCUGGAUAUGUCUCUGGGCCUGUGAUAGAAUACCUCUCAAGAGACCCCGGCAUUGAAAUAACAGCAGCCUCUGUCAUGAAGGAACAGCUUGAGCAACUGGCUAAGAAACACAGCAGUAUUGUUCCUGUUGUUGUGGAUGUCACCAAAGAAGAGGAAAGAUUGUCAUCCAUGGUGAAGAAACAUGAUCUAGUGAUCAGUUUGCUGCCUUAUUCAUUCCAUCCUUUGGUUGCUAAGAAAUGCAUUGACAGCAAAGUGAACUUGGUAACUGCUAGUUACCUGACACCAGCUAUGAAAGAGCUGCAGCAAAGUGUAGAGGCAGCUGGCAUCACAGUUAUCAGUGAAGUAGGUUUGGAUCCUGGUCUUGAUCAUAUGCUGGCAAUGGAGUGUAUUGAUAAAGCAAAAGAAGUGGGUGCUACGGUGGCAUCUUACAUAUCUUUCUGCGGUGGCCUGCCUGCUCCAGAGCAUUCAGAUAAUCCCCUGAGAUACAAAUUCAGUUGGAGUCCACAGGGGGUUCUGCUGAAUACUGUUCAGCCAGCCACAUAUUUAAAAAAUGGAGAGAUUGUUAAUAUUCCACCGGGAGGAGCUUUGCUUGAUUCUGUUACUGUCAUGGAUUUUUUCCCGGGAUUAAAUUUGGAAGGUUUUCCAAACAGGGAUAGUACAAAAUAUGCUGAACCCUAUGGGAUUCAGUCAGCUCACACACUUUUAAGAGGAACUUUACGAUAUAGGGGUUAUUCUAAAGCCAUAGGUGGCUUUGUAAAAUUGGGACUGAUAAAUACAGAGCCGUGUCCUCUGCUAAAUGCAGCAGCACCUUCUGUAAAAUGGCAAGAGCUGAUGUGCAAGCUUCUGGGGCUUAAGCCAUCUGUCAAAUCAGGCGAUCUCCGAGAAGCCGUCUACAAUAAAUUGGACAAGGAUGAAAGUCAGCUGGAGGCAGUAGAAUGGUUGGGAUUGCUUGGAGUUGAGCCUGUUCCAAAAGCAGAUUCUAUAGUGGGUGCACUGGCCAAGCACAUGGAGACCAAGCUAUCUUUUGGCAUUGGAGAACGAGAUAUGAUAGUUAUGAGAAAUGAAAUAGGAAUCAGGCAUCCGUCCGGGCAUUUGGAAGAAAAAUACAUUAAUCUGGUGGUGUAUGGUGAUUGUAAUGGAUAUUCUGCAAUGGCCAAGACUGUAGGGUAUCCUACUGCUAUUGCAGCAAAGAUGGUGCUUGACGGGGAAAUUAUCACCAAAGGCAUGGUAAUCCCACUGACAAAGAAUAUAUAUGGACCAGUACUGGAACGAGUUCGAGCUGAAGGCAUUGUAUACAGUACCCAGAGCAUUAUCAAGCAAUAAGUGGCAGCUCAUCUUUUUGGUGGGGAAGGGUUUACUAUCCGUCUCUAGCUUUCUAUGCAUAACUCAAAGCAAAUUGUCCCCAGGCAUGGGCCACUGCAAGCUCUUCUGCACAGGCUUUGCUGAAAUUAGUAGGAAUGCCUCGUCACUCCAAACUUGAAAUGCUCUUGUGCAGCUCCGGUGGACUUGUAAAUGGCUUGUGCAAGACAAAUUCCUGGUGGAUUUUGCCCUGUACCUUUAAAAAAGUACUCACAAAGUACUCUCCUAACGUUUUAGGUGGACAACAGUUAUGGUUACCAGUCUCCCAGUGGGGGCAGGGAAUCCCCCAAUCCCAACCUCUGCCCCCCUGCCACCAGUCACCUGGCCAGCAGGGGGAAAGGUGUGGGAACAGGCCUCCCAGGCACAUUCUCGAGGUGGUGCAACAACAUCACUUUCUGGAAGUGAUGUCAUUGCGCCAUGCCGAGAGAGCUCCCACGCUUCGCAGCUGGCCAAUUUGGGCCCCAGAUUGGCUGAAUUGGACCCAUUUAGGGCCUGCAAAAUGUGCUUGCUCCCACACCUGUGCAAUGACACUGCUUCCUGGAAUGUGGUCACUUCCUUGAAGUGACAUCAUUGCGCAGGCGUGAGGAGUGAAAACAAGGUAAGUGUUGGCCCCCCGUCCCGCUGGGAGGAUAACAGCAGGUCAUUAUUCAGUCAUCAUCUGAAACAGUAUUUGCCUAACAAAGAAAAAAAUGUUCAUACUGAACUUGUUCUGCUAGUGCCAAAAAAAAAUUACUGUAUUUUUAAAUGUCGCAGUAUUGCUGUAUGUAGUAAUACAAGGCUUUGUUUUCUAGUGGUGAAUUUGUCUUUAAUAUAUGACAAUGGCUGAAGAAAACUAUAAUGUGUUCUUUGUGAGCCCAAAUUGGGAUAUUUUCCCCUUUUGUUAAAUAAUUUAUGUUGUAGGUAGAGGUCCCAGUUCUCAAACUGCUUAUUCUGAGGAACUCCUAUUAAAGUCAAUAAGACAUUUCCAGAACCGUUGGCUAGAUCAGAACCCCAGCAUGGUGCCUGUGGGUACCAUGGUGCCUACUGACAAAUUUCCGGGAGCCCACCAAGUAUUUUAUUCUCCCUCUUGCUCCUCUUUCACAGUAUAUAUUUUAAAAUUACUACUCUUGUCCCCUUGCACUUGGGCUUCCUCUUUUUGUGUGUAUGGCUCUGCCUCCUAUGGUGGUCAGUUUGUGGUUGACUUCACCUUCUGUGGCAGCAAUUUUGUGGUUGCUCCCACCAUCCUGUGUCAGAAUUCCAAAGGUGCCUACAGGAUCAAAAAUGUUGGGGAUCCUUGGCCUUGGUAAUUGUGUCUUUUAAGAAUGUAUAUGUGAGAGCCCUGUGGCGCAGAGUGGUAAGCUGCAGUACUGCAGUCCAAGCUCUGCUCACAACCUGAGUUCGAUCCUGGUGGAAGCCGGGUUCAAGUAGCCGGCUCAAGGUUGACUCAGCCUUUCAUCCUUCUGAGGUUGGUAAAAUGAGUGCCCAGUUUUUUUGGGGUAAAAUGUAGAUGACUGGGGAAGGCAAUGGCAAACCACCCCGUAAAAAGUCUGCCAAGAAAAUGUUGUGAUGCGACAUCCCCCCAUGGGUCAGUAAUGACUCGGUGCUUGCACAGGGGACUUGGUGCUUGCACAGGGGACGUUUACCUUUUUAAGAAUGUAUAUGAGACAACUUUUCAUCCUUCCAUUACUCAUUUUUAGUACAUUUUUAGUACAUUCACUUUGUACUUAAAAUCAAUCACAUGUCAAGGACAAAAGUCUUAACCUUUUCAGUCUGACUACUGACUUAGGCUCAAGAAAAAUUAAGAAGUUGUUCUUUGACCCUGGUAAAUCUCACCUUAACUGCUGACACCAUUGUGCAACACCAGCUUAGGGUGUGGGUCAUGAGUUCAGUGUUGCCCAGCCACAACAGGUCUAUGUUGCUGGUGAUCUGGUGUCUCUUCUCCCACCACCAGACUAUGCAGCACAACUGAGCUCCUGUCUACCAGUAUCUUUUUCAAUUCUCAGACAGCCUUGGCUCCAAGUGGUUGUGAUUUACAAACCAAACCUACACCCAAACUAAAAAACUAAGCUUUCCGUUCCUAUUUCUACCUUUUCUUCCAUCCACCCACCUAAAUAAAAAAGAAUCCUCCUUUUUAAAGCUUAUCUUUUGCUAAGGGAAAAACAUGUUGCUGGAUGGUGCAUCACUCAAAAUCCUUGUUUUUCUGUGUUUUUGUACCAAACUCUUUUCUACUUCAAAAUACAUUUGAAUCACUAAAUCGUUUUCUUAUAUGGGAGUGAGGAAUAUGUAGGUGCUGAGUUUAAAGAAAUCCAGUGUUUUUGUUAUGAUUGAUGCUAAAUAAAAGUUUACUUCAUCA